CGUUAAAUUGUAAUUUUAAUGUAACCGUCCAAGUUGCAGUUCGGUUUCGAUAUAUUCGAGAGAGGCGGAGUCGAUAAAAUUUUUGAGUCGAUAUACGAGUCGGUAAGGUCGAUCAACUGCAAUAGUCGAUCGUGCAUAGUUGCGUGUGUGCAGAUUGUACCGCCGCUUCGAGCAGUAGUUUUAUUUACUAAUUGGAGUGCCGAUGUGCGGUAGGAAGCGUUAAAUGUGCGUGGAAAAUGUCGAAUCCGGGCGGUAGCAGGAGGAACGGGGCCAUGAAGAUUCGUUUGACGAGUCUACCGGACCCUUUUGCUAAAAUAACUGUUGAUGGUUCAGGUCAGUGUCAUAGUACACAUACGUGCAAGGCAACUCUAGAUCCUAUGUGGAAUCAACAUUACGACCUCGAUUAGAUCUUUGCAAAGCACAUUCAGAUGAUACAGAUGUAAUUAAAGGAGAAGUUGUAAUAUCUCUUUUAUCACGAGAUGGUCACAAUGGUGCUGUGAGUAAUACAGUGGGUCAUAAUGCUGUAGUUGAUGUUCUUGGAGAUUUGAGCUGUCCAACUGAUUUGCCAGAUGGAUGGGAAGAAAGAAGAACUCGAAAACCACCGCCAUUACCGUCUUCUGAACCUACGUCUCCUAGUGGAAGUGGAAGUCCACCUAAUAUAAGAACAGAAAGUCCUACUAGAAGUACAGCUGAAUGGAAUGGUGAUGGAACACCCAGUAGAACUCCCAGCAGAGAUAGUUCUGCCCCAAAUACACCAAGAAACACACCAACUCAACAGCAGAACAGAAAUCAACAAAAUCAACAUAACACAAGAAAUGUAACACCUGCAUCGUCGAGGGAACGACGACCAGCACGAACAAGCGACGAACAAAAUGGCAAUCAGAAUGGUAAUGUUAGGCCAGAACGUGGUGUUAACAAUGCUCAACUACGAAGACCUUAUCGAAGUAACAGAAAUAGAAAUAGCGUAGUAGUUAAUAAUGAGAGAAGGUACGAUCCUCCGCAACCACCAGAUUUACCUAGAGGUUAUGAAAUGAGGAAAACACAACAAGGUCAAGUGUAUUUUUAUCAUGUACCAACGGGUUCAUCUACCUGGCAUGAUCCUAGAAUACCUCGCGAUUUACCAGCCAAUGAAUUAGCAAAUGAACUUGGGCCAUUACCGAGUGGCUGGGAAAUGCGACAAACACAAAGUGGUCGUGUUUAUUUUGUUGACCAUAAUAACAGAACUACUCAAUUUACUGACCCUAGACUGUCCAGUCAAAUCAUAAGCAAUUUGUUAAAUAGACGGCAGAAUAGUACAACUAAUCAAACUACAAGUAAUUCAAAUAAUUCAACUGCAACUGCAAAUGAAUCUGCAGAAAUAGAGACACCUGUAUCACCAAGUAUUCAAAGCAAUAUGGUUCAACAAAGGCCAAGAACAGAAAAUGGAAUGGAAAAUACAUCAACUCAAAAUGCUCAAACUGUAUCAGAAUUGCCAAAAGAACUAAUGGACAAUGAGCUACUGCCGAAAUAUAAACGUGAUUUAGUAGCAAAAUUGAAGUGUUUGAGAGCAGAAUUGAAUGCUCUUCAGCCUCAAAGUGGACAUUGCAGACUUGAAGUAUCAAGAAAUGAAAUAUUCGAAGAGUCAUAUAGAUUAAUAAUGAAAAUGCGACCAAAAGACAUGCGUAAAAGACUUAUGGUAAAAUUCCGCGGUGAAGAAGGUCUUGAUUAUGGUGGAGUAGCGCGAGAAUGGUUAUAUUUAUUAUCGCAUGAGAUGUUAAAUCCACAAUAUGGGCUUUUCCAAUAUUCAAGAGAUGAUAAUUAUACACUUCAAAUUAAUCCAGAUUCAGGAAUAAAUCCAGAACAUUUAUCGUACUUCCACUUUGCCGGCAGGAUAAUGGGAAUUGCCGUUUUUCACGGACACCAUAUAGAUGGAGGUUUCACAACUCCAUUUUAUAAAAUGUUGCUUAACAAAGCAAUUACUCUUACUGAUAUAGAAGGAGUUGAUCCAGAAUUACAUAGAAGCCUUACAUGGAUGUUGGAAAAUAGUAUAGACGGAGUGUUGGAUGCUACCUUUUCAGUGGAACAUAGUAGUUUUGGAGUGUUAAAAAAUCAUGAACUUAAACCAGGUGGUAAAGACAUUCCUGUAACCGAAGAAAAUAAAAAGGAAUAUGUACGUUUAUACGUAAACUAUCGCUUUAUGCGAGGAAUUGAACAACAAUUCCUGGCAUUACAAAAAGGAUUCCACGAAUUAAUUCCACCUCAACUAUUAAGACCUUUCGAUGAAAGGGAAUUAGAAUUGGUUAUUGGUGGUUUAGGAACAAUCGAUAUUAACGAUUGGAAAAUGCACACACGGUUAAAACAUUGCACACCUGAUACACCAGUAGUAAAAUGGUUUUGGCAAAUAGUAGAAUCUUAUGGGGAAGAAAUGAGAGCUCGAUUACUUCAGUUUGUUACUGGAAGUUCCCGAGUUCCCUUGCAGGGUUUUAAAGCUUUACAAGGAUCAACAGGAGCGGCAGGUCCACGAUUAUUUACAAUACAUGCUGUUGAUGCGCCAAGUGAAAAUUUACCAAAAGCGCAUACCUGUUUCAAUAGAAUAGAUAUUCCAGAAAGUUAUCCCAGUUAUCAGAAAAUGCUUGAUAAACUUACACAAGCAGUUGAAGAAACUUGUGGUUUUGCUGUUGAAUAAUAGUAGGAAAUAUUUGUCGACAGAUUUUACUGUCGUUAAAUUAAAAAUAAAUUUUUGAAGUACCAAGAGAUGUUAUCUGACAAGAGUAUGGGUAGUAUUAUAAAAUGAAAAUGUUAAUACAUAAAAAAGUUAGAAAUAAUUCUGACAAUGUUUUGUACAAAUCAUUGAAUGACCUUGAUGGUUGUAAUGAUUUUUAAAUGAUUGUCGAUUGGUACAUUAUGUAUGUGAACACUCUUGUGAUUUACACACUUCGUCCAUGAACAUUUUAAUGAAUGGUUCCUCAGAAGUUCUGGUUAUAUUGGUCCUUAAUUAUUUAUUAUUCAGUGACUCAUAGAAAUGUGAAAUAAUUUCAUUGAGGUAAAUAUGUUCAUUGGCCUAAAUUUUCAUUUUAUUUAUAUUAAUCGUCAUAACUCUAGGCUCAAUAAUUUAUUUAUAAGAUCACUAUCAAAGAAUUAACUUCAUUAUCUUCAAGAAAUAAUAAAAAAAUAUAAAAAUCAUGCAUGCACAAAUAUGUAUAGAAAAUGAACUCUUUCAUAUAAUGGAAAACAUUGUUCAACUAAAAAUACGCUCAUGUUGGUAUUUUAUAUUAAACAAAAAUAUUAAAAAAUGAAAAGAUCAAAAAAUAUACUAAUCGUUUACGAAUCUCAUAAUUUAAUUUAUACAAUGCAUUAUUUAUAAUCAGUUUUAAAUCAAUCGGACAAUGUAUUUCAUUUUCGAAAGCUUUCAAUUUCUUUUUGACUAAAUGUAAUUGCAACAUGCACAGUCAAUUAAUGAUUUCAUAUUAACAAUCUUUCAAAGAAUAGAGUUUAGUAAAAAAUAGGAAUAUAUACUCAAAUUUAUGCUAUUGUAGUCAAAUAUCAAUUAAAAAACAGUGUUGGGUAUUUAGUAUUUUAUCGUGUAUUAUUUCAAGUCGGUCAUGGUGAUUAAGGGAAAAAUACGAAAUAUAUACAUCAUGACUUUAGAUGCAAGUGUCUUCAAUUGAAAUUAAUGAAUAUGAAAUACUUUUAUCAGUUGUAAGAAAAGAUUAUACAUGUUCUCAGUAUUAAAAAUUAUUUUUAUUGAUAUAUAAACACUUGCUUCGAGGAACUUUGUAACGCAAUUGGCAAGUUUCGUUGUUGCAGCACAAUUUGAAUUGUGUGAAGAUCGUUGUUGCUUGUUUAGGAGUCAAUAGUACUGAAUGCGUUGACAAAAUGUAAAUAGUACAGUGUUUAAUAUAAAAUUAACACGAGCGUAUAAUGUGUAAGCCAAGUUGACUUUGCACAAUAAAAACGCAUCAGUUCUAGUAUAGGCUAAAUCAUGAAUUGUAUAAAUCAUGAAUUACAUUAGCUUUAAUUUGAAAAAAUUGAACACAUAUUUAAAGAAAGAGUUUAUUCGAUGAAUUUAUGUAAAAUUAAAAUGGUUUUUGUUCGAAUCGACUCUUUGUUGUAGUUUAUGAAAUAAUCUAUACUUUACUAUUAGUGCUUAGUAAAGCAUAGAAACACUUAUUUAUCGCACGAAUCCUUCAUUUAGUUCUAGCAUUUAUUUUUAUUGUAAAAAAUAUCUAAUGGCUGAUAGCACUAAUCAUUUCGUAUUAUUAUUGCAUUAUUGUAUUUUAUUCUGCACGCAACUGUGAUCAAACAUAUCGUGAAAAGAGAAGAAAUAGUGGGAGACACCUUUAUAGAUUUGUUUGGAUAUUAACUUAUUUACUCGUUCUAUUUUUUUUUUUUUAAAUU